AUGGCAGCAGCGUUGAAACAGCUAAGUUACCUGGCUCUGUUGGACUCCGGCCAGAAUUCCGACUUCGUCAACGAGUGCCACGGCGCCGAGUUCAAGGUCCACCAAGCCAUUUUCUGUUCACAAUCGACCAUGCUGGAAAGAGCAGCCGACGGGAACUUCAGAGAAGCUAGAGAGGGGCGGAUCAGACAGACAGAGGAGGACCCGCGCAUCCUAAGCCGCGUCCCGGUCUUCUUGUACACCAACGACUACGACGCACUCACCAUCCCGGGAUACCUGCAGACUGCAAUCGCAUCCUCCGAGCGCCACAUGGCUGAUACCGGACUACACGGCCAAAGUUACCCUGUUGUGAAAGAACUCCCGGUGCAUGUACUGGUGUUCGAGUACGCAGACAUGCUCGACAUCGAGCCACUGAAGAGACUUGCAUCCGGUAAAUUCCUACUUGAUGCUCCUUCCCUCUGCGAUGAACCGACAUUCGCAAAACCACUGAGCUGA